AUAUACCGUUUCUGUUUCUGGCUGUUUCCAUUCUCGAUAGCAAAAGAAUAGGCCUUGGUAAAUGUUUGAAAAAAUUUCGAAGGAAUUUGUUUGACAUGUUUUAAUUAUCGUGAAAAUGUAAAAUUUUUAGCGAAAUAUUUUUAAACAAGUUCCGGGCAAACGGUCGUAAAUCGUAAUACGAAUAGAAAGAGAAAGACAAUGCUUAGUACUACGUAGUAGUUGCUACGUCGAUAAUGUCGUUGAUCUGAAUGCAGCAAGGUUCCGGUGAUUCGGUGAGUGUGCUCUUUUCAAACAUGGAGAGGUUAUUUGUUUGAAAUAAUAUGUGGGAUUUAGGAAACCGGGGUGUUGUCGCGUUAGUAAGUGUGUUGAGCGGGUGUGUGUUCCUUUACAACGUUUGGGGACCGAUUCUCCUUCUUACGAUUUCGCUGUUUCUGACUAUUUAUGCGUGCUAUUCUUUAAUCACCAGCGACAGCUUAUUCUCGCCGCACGCAUUCCUUCUAUUCGAUUAUUGCAAACGCAUCUCUCUUGAAGUUCGUGCAAACUUCGAGAGUAUCGUUGACCACAUUUGUCGGUACACUCGUACUCUUUGGGAAAGUGGAAAUCUUCGUUUUCGGGAACUGUACCUAACCCAGACGAGGAUGGAGAGACGUCGUGGAACGCAUUAUCAACUUAGCAGCGACCCAUUUCCAACUAGAAGAAACUCUUCAAAGUUUGGUUCGAUUUCGCGGCUUAGUCCGAUUAUAAAAACCACACAAAAUUCUGAUGCCGAGAACAUCGGCUCCGAGAAUAAAGUCUACCAUAAUUCAGAUUAUUCGUCGUACGAUCGCAGUGUCUUCGACAAACACUCAUCGACGCCGACAUUUCCACGGAACAAAGAUGAAUUUGGAAACAAAGCCAAUGAAUCGUUAUCGUUGGAUCAAACUCCAUCAAAGAGAAUGUCUUCCGCUUAUUCGCCGAAUCAUAGUUUGUCGCAAGGUGAAAAUGUGAUGCGUUUCACUUCGGAAGGAUCGCCAUGGGGAACCAGCAUCGGUCCAAAAGUUCAUCCAAAAUCCAGUCCUAUAGAAACUGUUCGACCAGCAUCUGGACCUUUAACGAUGUCAACUAGAUACAAUAUAGAUCCAAGAGUAUACAACGACGUAACCUCUCCUGGGCUUACAACUCGCUUAACGAAAUAUGCAGCAGAAGCCAAUAACAAAUUAACUCAUCAGUCGCGGUACGGUGUAGGACAGUUUCCCAAAGUUAAUCUUCAAGCUAGUUCGAUUCCAUUGAUAAAUGCGAAAGUUGUGAAAACUAAAACGCCGAUGAUCGUCAGAGUGGUUCCUCUGGACGCCGUUCGAUAUUCUCCACCAGGAAAACAGAAACUUUUAUCGGACUUGUGCGGUACGGAUGGCAGUUGCUCUUCUCUUAGCGUCGUCCAAACUCUAAGAGAUAUAUCGUUAAAGAGACACGCGUCGCGAGAAGAUGUUACUUUCGAUUUAGCGAAAAAGCAACGAACAGGUGGUAUCGUUAUAAAUGAAUACGAGACACAAGAUGAAACGAAACAGAAAAGAAGCAGAGAAGAUUCUUCAAAAUCGGAGGAAGAUACAUCACCGCAAAGUACAACGAUUAGACCCACGAAACGAACUAAAACACCAUCUUGUUACGAUGUCUUAAAUUCAUUCAGUUCCAGCAAACACGUUGCGUCUGGAGUUAAAAGGAAAGCCGGAGACCUUUCGCGAAGUGGAACGCCAGAUUUCGAAAAGCAUUUCAAAUCUUUGGAGUGCGUACAAAAUACUAAUAUGCCAACAUUACCAGAAACACAACAUGUAAAAUAUCGUAAUCAUGAUAUAAUAGAAAACAAGAACUCGGAUGCGUGUAACCUCCGCGAUAAGGUUCCCGAGCAUUCACCGUUAAAGGGGAUUCUUAAGACGAGUACGAAAAGUUUAGAAACUAACUCGCAUGGCAAAGAUGUCGAUGCGAAGCAUACGAACGUCUAUAAAGAAAAAAAUCAAUCCACGGAGUCCAUGGAAUCAGCGAAAUUAACAAACAAAUUAUUUAUGAGAGCAGAACCGGAAAGAAACGAAAAGUUAAGAAUGUUGGUCGAAGAGCAAGGUAACAUUAGAGCGAAAUUUACUACGGAUGACGUAGAGGAGAUAAAGAUGGAGGAUAUAGCGGAUAUGAGGCAAACCAGCAUGAAGGCGAGGUUGCAGAGCAUGUUUGACGCUAUAUCCGGCAAAGCAUCCAGUAAAAUUAAUCCGGAUGUCGUUAUUCAAGCAGAAGAAGUAAAUGCGGUUAAAUCCGUCGCGUGUCCCGUAACGUGUGCGACCCUUAAUUCUUCGACGACUACAACAAACGUUAACACAACACCAAUUUCGACGUCAGCCGUAGCACUUAGUCCUGGCACGAGCGAAUCUCAUUCAAAAUCUCCGAAACAUGUAUCUUUCAGUUUACCGACUACGACUAAACAAACGUCAUCGAAUCUGACAGUUCCGGUUACUAUCGAUUCCGAAACAAAAGCCGAAAACUCGUCUGUUUCCAAAUCAACUGUAGCAAACUUUGGCUUUGACAAGUCUGCGGUAGCUAUAGGGACGGAAGCUUCGUCGACGUCGUCUGGAACAUUUACGUUUGGUGCCGUUGCUCCGAAUUCGAAUAACCAACUUUCCACGUCCGCUACAGGCUUGCUUGCCACGUCUACAACUACUAUCCCGGCGAGUUUGUUUGGAAACGUUGGCGAUACCAUGUCGAAACCUCUGGCCAUUCCUACGACUCAUGGUGUGCUCGAUAAGAACAACGAACUUAAUCGAAAUAACACGAUAUCACAUGAUGAUGCUGUGAAAAUGACUUCGAAUGUAACGCCUGGAAGUAUAACGUUCGUUUCGACGCCUCCGAACGCGCCAACGUCGAUCGCACCGGCUGAUGUACGAAGCAAAGAGCAAAGUACGGAAACUACCACGAGCGCAAUGUCUUUCAAAAGUAUCACGAGUACCGUUUCAAGCGGACUGUCGGCAGUAACGACCACCGCCACACCGACUACAUCAGCUUCGUUGUUUACCUUUGGAAAUAUCGGUAGCAACGCGCCAACAUCGAAACCCGAAACAUUUUUAUUCGGUAAUUCGACAACACCUGCGAAUUGCGUAUCCACGAAAAAUAACACCGAGUCGAAUAUCGUGACCACCAACGCGUUAAACUCGAACGCAAAAGCUACUAUACCGACUACGUUUGGAUCACCUUCGGCAUUCACUUUUGGUGCAACUACUUCGUCAGCGUCCAACAACAAACCCGUAUUUUCUUUCGGUAGUACUGUAUCCACUGCGACCAAUUUAUCAACCGGAACAUCGGGCACAAGUACAUUCGUUACCGGAAACAACAAUAACAAUAUCUCGACUUCGACGUUUGACAGUUCGUCGGUUAACAAUACUCGACAGUUCAAUUCGAACUCUAGUUCGAUAUUUGGUAACGCGUCCACCACGUCGAUCGCGUCAAUCUUUGGAACGAAAAACAGUCAGCCAGUUUUCAAUAUUGCUUCGAAUUUGAGUGCGAUCGGUGCUCCGAAAACUACUACCACGACUAUUUUCGGUUCCACCGGUGGUGUAACUAGCUCAGAAUUAACAUCCGCGAAUUCAACGUCGGCUUUCUCGAAUACCACCAGUGGUUCUUCUUCGGGACUAAUAAGCACAGCUUCCGUGCCAAUUUUUGCCUCUACCGUGAACACAUCCGCGUCGGAAGUAACCGGAACGAGUGGUAAUAAUGAUAAUAAUACUAAUAAUAAUAAUAAUAAUCUGUUCUCGAAUGUAAACUCGACGUCCGCGUUUAACGCGACGGGUAAUAUUUUCGGGCAAACAAAAUCGCCAGCUACAAAUUUCAAAAGUACUUCGGGAGUAUUUGGAAGCAACGCUGCGCCAUUGUUUGGAUCACAAGUAACCACGGCAGCCACGUUCGGUGGUGUGAACGUUUCAAACAACACGACUGCACCAGUUUUCGGUUCCACAAGUGUUUCCAGUAACGCGACCGUUCCCACUUUCGACACGCAAACUACCGUAUCGUCCGGUUUUCGAACCCGAAGCAACGCAAUGUCGCAAAACUCUCCAUCGCGGACGUUUGGGGCCAGGACUGUCGUCUUUGGUACCGAUAACACUUCGUCGACUUCCGUUUUUGGAGCUUCGAGCAGCGGGGCUUUUAAUUCUCCUACCUCGAAUACCUUUAGUGAACAAAACACGACAAACGUUACGUUUACCGGCGUCAAGGCUUCACCGUUCAGUGUUCAACCUUCAGCCUUUGGUGCUCCAAACUCGAAUGCUCCUGCCUUUGGAACGAGUAAUGCGAAUACCACCAACAACAAUAACACUGGCAUCUUUACCUUUGGAGCAAAUCAAAAUCCACCGCAACAAAAUAUUACCACGUUUUCAUUUGCAAGCAACAAUAGCGGCAGCGGCGGCAGCAACAACAACAACAACAACGCAAACAACAAACCCGUCACUUCUGCAUCUGCACCCUUCCAGUUCACCGGUGCAACUUCGAAACCAGUUACAGGAUUUAAUUUCUCCGCUCCGUCGACAACACCGUCCAUCAACUUCGGGACAACGAAUGCGCCAACCUUUAACGCAUCGACACCUGGUAUGUUCAGCAUCGGGAGCGGUUCAAUCGCGCCAAGAUCCAGGAGCGUACGGACCAGAAAACCGAGAUGAUGGAGAAUGUAAAUUUCGUCAACUUCCGCUCGUAGAAUCUUUUUCAUCCAAACGCUACAUCAACUCGACAUUCGAUUUCGCGGUAACGUCACGAUCAACGGCGAAUGUUCGCAUCGAUUUUCAAUACAAAGCAAAUUUAUGGAUAAGAGAAACGACGCGUUGGGUAUUAUAAUUUGAAACCGGUGCACCUUUUCAGCCAAGUACUGGUUAACGUUUUAAAAUACAAUUUUCGCUAUCGUUAAAUGUAUUCAUUUUGUACAUAUUAAAUCGUCGAAGCAGAUUUGUAUCUUCUGUCGUUCUAAACUCUGCUCAAAUUAAACUAUAACAACGAAGAAAAGAAAAAGUGUGAAAAAAAAGCCCCGCGAAAACGUGUGACCGUUGUAUCAUCGAAAAUCAAGCAUCCAUGUUGAACUUAUAUACAUACGUACGCGCUCACGAUAUAUCAGUUCUUUAAUUUAACGUUCAUUAAAUAAUAAUAAAGCAAAUAGUAGAAAAACCGAAGGAGAAUACGAUCGAACGAGUUUGUAUUUCCUCAUGGUUUGUCAGCGUUUCGAUAUCUUAGGUCGGUCCAAGUAUCGCUUGUUAUUUUAAAUUGAUAUCGAUAUCAACGAACCGUUACCUUUUAUUUUUUCAUAGAGCAGGUGUUCGAUAUUAAAAAGUAGACACCUAUACCUUGUAUUUCCGGAGCGAGUUAAAGUAACGUGAUACAAACAGACGGACGAAAGCGUGCGGUUGGCCAGAGCACAUUGUAAAAAUACACAAUUAUUUUUUUCUACGUUACAACCAGACAGGUGUACUCCCGAGAUAUUGUAAAGUUUGAAAAUAAAAAUUAAAAAAAAAAAAGCGAUAAAUAUGAA